UAUAUGUAUGUAUUUAAAAAUAUUUUUAGUUUUAUAAUCUGAUCAGUAGUACUUAAAUCACUUCCCUAAAAGUAACAAUGUCUGGAAAGCGCGGUAUUGAUUUCUUGAAAAAAGUGGCGAACUUUUAUUCAGUUAAACAAAGUGGACACGACUCAAUAACAAAAGCGUUUACUGUUACAGGUGGUGGUGAUGGUCGUUGUAUUGGAGAAUUUACCGUAGCCAAAGAACACUUAAAUGCCAGCGGCAGCUUACAUGGUGGAUAUACCGCCACAAUUAUUGAUCAUGUAACUACAUAUGCAUUAAUGUCGGCCAACUCUCAUCCGGGGGUUUCUGUCGAUUUGCGUGUAAGUUAUGUUUCGGCCGCUAAAGAAGGAGAGGAAAUAAUUGUUGAUGCUAAUACCUUGAAAGUGGGUAAAAAAAUGGCCUUUAUUGAUUGUGUUCUCAAAAAGAAAUCAAAUGAUGCGAUUGUGGCUAAAGGUGGUCAAACAAAAUUUGUAGAUUUUAAGGAGGAAGUUUCUUUUUAGAGCUAUUGCAAUGUAAAUUUAAUAAUAAAAAUAAAUAAUUAAAUAAAUACAAAUUAAAUUAUUAUAUUAUUAAAUACAUAA